CUUGUGGCCAGAUGCCAUAAGUACAGCGGAUGCUAAUGAACACAGAACCACUUGCUGAUUGGGUGAGUGCCUUAUUCCACAGCUGCUUUUCAAGCAGCUUUCAGAGCGAGACCAAAUCACAGCAACAGCAGCAGCAGCAGCAGCCAGCACCAUUUACCAUCCCACUCCUUAGCAUCACCUCUCCUUAUCCCUAGACCAUAAGAUUGCUUGCCUUCUAAAUUUUUUUUGAUCUUUUACAUUUAUUUUAAACCAUCACACCAUCACUUAUUUAUUGGUUCUGAGACUGUUCAGUUUUCAGGAUGACAAUCAGACAUCAAGGCCAGCAGUACAGGCCAAGAAUGGCAUUCCUCAGAAAGAUUGAAGCCUUGGUUAAGGAGAUGCAGAACCCAGAGACGGGAAUCAGAAUGCAAAGUCAGAGGGUCAUGAUCACUAACAUCCCUCAUGCAAUGACAGGAAAUGACAUCUUACAAUGGAUUGCCCAGAGGCUUUGGAUUGGCCACAUGGAGGCACAGAACUUGGGGAAUUUCGUUGUCAAGUAUGGCUACGUUUACCCCCUUCAGGAUCCCAAGAAUCUCAACCUGAAACCUGAUAACAGCAGUCUUUAUCGAUUUCAGACACCCUAUUUCUGGCCCACUCAGCAGUGGUCAGCUGAAGACACAGACUAUGCCAUCUAUCUAGCCAAGAGAAAUAUCAAGAAGAAAGGAAUUUUAGAAGAAUACGAAAAGGAAAAUUACAGCUUUUUGAACAAAAAGAUUAACCAUAAAUGGGACUUCAUCAUUAUGCAGGCAAAAGAACAGUACAAAACUGGAAAGGAAAGGAAGAAAGCAGACAGAUAUGCCUUGGAUUGUCAAGAAAAAGCUUAUUGGCUGGUCCACCGAUGCCCUCCAGGAGCAGACAAUAUCCUCGACUAUGGCCUAAAUCGAGUGACCAAUCCAAAUGAAGUUAAGAAAGACACAAUUUCUUUGAUCAGAAAAGAGAUCAUGUACUACCAACAGGCUUUAAUGAGGUCUACAGUGAAAUCAUCAGUCUCCCUUGGAGGAAUUGUGAAGUACAGUGAACAAUUCUCUUCCAAUGAUCCCAUCAUGUCAGGAUGUCUCCCUAGCAACCCUUGGAUAACAGAUGAUACCCAGUUCUGGGAACUAAAUGCCAAAUUGGUGGACAUCCCAACCAAAAUGAGGGUGGAACGAUGGGCUUUUAACUUCAGUGAACUGAUUCGAGAUCCCAAGGGACGUCAGAGUUUCCAGUUUUUUCUGAAGAAAGAAUUCAGUGGGGAGAAUCUGGGAUUCUGGGAAGCUUGUGAAGAUUUGAAGUAUGGAGAUCAGUCCAAGGUCAAAGAGAAGGCCCAGGAAAUUUACAAGCUUUUCCUGGCUCCAGGAGCAAGGAGGUGGAUUAAUAUAGAUGGCAAAACCAUGGACAUCACGGUCAAGGGACUGAAACAUCCUCAUCGUUAUGUUCUUGAUGCUGCUCAAACUCACAUCUAUAUGCUCAUGAAAAAGGAUUCUUAUGCUCGAUACCUAAAGUCUCCAAUCUACAAGGAAAUGUUGGCUAAAGCCAUUGAACCUCGGGAGACAUCCAAAAGAAGCAGUCUCCCAUUCAUGCGGCGUCAUCUCCGGUCCAGCCCAAGUCCUGUCAUCCUUCGGCAGCUGGAGGAAGAGGCCAAAGCUCGAGAAGCAGCCAAUACUGUGGACAUCACCCAGGUCAUGAGCAAACUGGACCGGAGGAGCCAACUCAAAAAGGAAAUCCCUCCUAAAUAAACUAAGGCGCCCUGGCAGGGUGAAGGAAUGGUUGUGGGGAAAGGGUUUUCAAAGAGGCAGGGAAAGUAAAGAGAGUCACUGAACUGAAAUCCUUGUGCACAUUCUCCAUCCUUUUAAUGAGCACCCUUCCUUUCCAGGUCCUUCUUCCAUUGGCUCCCACCACUAGUAUCACUAGGGCAACCAAGGCUAAUUUCCCCAUCCUGACUUCAUAAAGUAGCAGAAGUAGAAGAUGAAAAGCUUGGGGAUAGAGGAGACAUCUGACUCAUAAUCACCAUAUAACAGCUUAUGUUAAGGUCUGGGAUGUAGGAAGUAAGAAAAAUAGGAUACUUGUGAGUAGUAUUUCAAUGAGAGAAACCUAGAAAUGGAAUGCUUCCUUCUCUCAAGCUUAGCUAUCUUAACCACAUUAAUUAAGAAGUAAAUCUGAGGGGCAACUAGGUAGCAUAGUGGAUAGAGCACCAGGUCUGGAGUCUGGAGAACCUGGGUUCAUAUUUGGCCUCAGUCACUUCUGAUCUGUGUGACCCUAGGCAAGACAUUUAACCUGAUUUAUCUAACUUUCCCCCUUCUUUCUUAGAGUAUUACUAAGACAAAAAAAAUAAGGGUUUUUUAAAAAGUAAAUCUGAAAUGUUCUUUACUGCUAUUAUUUUACUUGAUAUACAACUUGAAAGAGAUUUUUAAUAGUUUAGAAGGAAGGAUGGGACUAUUUGAGGGGUUCAGUAGUUGCUUUUUUUUUUUUUGCUCUCACCUGUCCCAGGCUAUCUAACCCCUCCAGGUCUAGAUGGGCCAUUCUUUUUCCAUGAUGCUCUUAAUUCAUUUCAACAAGCAUCUAUUAAAGGUCUACCAUGUGCAAAGGAGAGAAGGCAUUUAUAUAGAGCCUGCUAUAUGCCAGGCACAGUGCUAGGUGCUUUACAAAUAUUAUCUCAUUUGAUCCUCACAACAACCCUGCAAGAUUGGUGCUGUUAUUAUCUCCAUUUGACAACUGAAGAAAAUGAGGCAAACAGAGGUUAAAUGGCUUGCCCCUGGUCACACAGUUAGGCAGUAUCUGAGGCUAGAUUUGAAUUCAGGUCUUCCUGACUCCAGGUCCAACAUUUUAUCCACUGUGACACCUAGCUGCCUCAUAGUGCAAGAUAUUGUGCUAAAUGCUGGGGAUACAAAGACAAUUGCUCUCAAGGAGCUUUUAUUCUACUGGUCACAUUCUUAUGGUCAAAAUCAUCUUUAAGGGGCUAUUAGUAGUUUGUUUCCAACUCACAAAAGAUUGUAUGAAGUAUCGUAGUUGUCAAAGUUAAAUUAAACCCCCUUUUUGUAUUUAGUAACACUUUCAAAGCCAAUGAACUAGGGCAUAUUUUUAUCUUCUUGUUCAAGCAUAAGAAUUCCAGUAAUUUUUACAAUGAACUUUUCUUUAGGAUAGGAACAUCCUAUGGGUCCAUAUUUAGUAUAAGCAGUCAGAGAGUAAAAAAUGAAAUGAACACAAACAUCAAAUCAGGAAAUAGGGACAGGUAGGUGACUCAGUGGAUACAUACCCAAACCUGGAGUUGGGAGAUUCUAGGGUCAAAACUGGCCUCAGACACUUUCUAGCUGUGUGACCCUGGGCAAGUCACUUAACCCCCACAUAGCUUAACCCUUACUGCUCUUCUGCCUUAGAAAUAAUACUUAGUAUUGAUUCUAAGAAAGAAGUUAAGGGUUUAAAAACAAUUAAGCAAAUAUCUUUAAUUUUUUUUAAAAUUUUACUUUUAAUUUUUUCCCCAUGAUUACAUGAUUCAUGCUGUCUUUCUCCCCCUUUCCCUCCCCACUCCUGGAAUUGACAAACAAUUUCAAGGGGUUAUACAUAUAUUAUCAUAAGAAAGUAUCUUUAAAGUCUUCUUGCCAACUGAUACUGGCCGGGGCUAUGCAGCUAUGUCUUUUCUAAAGUGGAUGGAUGACAUGAAAAAAGUAGGUUGAUUGAUCUAUAAUUAGAGUUAGUGAUAAUCCCAACAGGCUAGCAGCAGCCAAACCAAGAUAUAGGUAAUUCUGAUUUUUUCCAGCUUAACUAUUACUUGAUCCUUCUGGCUUUUCCCCUGCUAUAGCUUUAGUGCUUAUGAUAAUUGUCAAUUGAGGCAGGAGAGUGACCCAACAAUUAUGACUGGGAGGCUAAUGUCAAGGAUGAGCUAAUCAUUUCUAUGACACCAAGAAGGCAAAUGAAAGAAGCAAAUAUGGGACCAACCUUUUUAUAUGUGUGGCCAUUGGAUUCAUGGAGAUGAGAUGACCUUAAACACUUGUUUAUUCCUUUUUUUUGUUCAUUCCACUUUUAUCAAAGUAUUACUUUCUUAGAAAAUAUGAUGUGUGGGCAUGGUGGGGCACACCAGUAAUUCCUGCCACUGAGAAUACUGAGCCUAAUAGAUUGAGCUUGGGAAUUCUGAGCUUUAGUGUGCUAAACUGAUUGGAAUCUGGGAAUAAAUCCAGCUCCAAUAUGGGUGAACUCCCUCAAAUUGGGAGUUGCUCAUGGAGGAGUUGGCCAGAUCUGAAAAUGCAAUGGGCUAAAGCUCUUAUAAGUAAAUAGUGAAACUGGGUCUGUGAGUGGCCUCUGGACUUUCAACCUGGGCAAAGUGGGGAAAUUAAAAAAAAAAAAGAAAAAUACUCUAAAAAAUAUAGCUAGACAAGCUCUAUUUUCCUUUACUCUAAAAGAUGUGAAAGUUCUCAUGCAAACUGACAUUGUACUCAUUUACAAACUUUUGGACUUGUGAUUUUAUAUGUAUAAGAAACUUCUAGGGGAAAAAAUUCCCUAUGCCAAUUCCAACUGGUAGUAUGGUAUGAUAUGUGUGUUAUGAUAUGGCUUGGUAUAGUAUGGAAAGAUAUGGGAUGGUAUUAUACUGCUAAAAUUAUUCUGCAGUUAUAGUCUUAAUGAGUUGUUUGGGGAGCACCAAGAGGGUUCACACAACCUGGAUGUCCAGGGUAAAGUAAUUCAAAUUCAAGGAUUCCUGACUCUAAGGUUAGCAUGUUCCAUGUUGCUUCUCAUCACAAUUUUAGCUCCAGACAAUUCUGCGUCCUGAAUGUAUACAUCUGGCAAAAUAGGGGAGAAUGAAGCAUAUUUUCUAAACACCAGAAAUAUAUGAGAAGAGUGGGCUGGCUGGGGUUUGGGAUAGUAUGAAAGAAGAGAGAUAGAAUACUAUCCCUCUAUUGGUAUUCUUGUAAUCUAAGGAUUUUUUUCUUUUCUCUUUCUUAUUUUUUUGGUGAGGGUAAGGAUGGGAAUCUAUGCCCAGAAGGAAUGGAUGGCCAAUCCUAUGAAUUCUGUUUCUAGGUCAAGCAACCAUUUUAAAGCAGUCAUUGAAAUUCUAACCAAUUGUAUCACUGAGAGACUUGGAAGUUUCCAUGGAGAUAUGGGGAAGGUCUCUGAAUGCUGUUUUUGAUGCUGUGCUUUUAGAAAUACACUAUCUGUCACCUUCUGGUCAGUUUAUUCUCUGUCACUAUCUUCUAGCAUUUAUUAAAUACCUCUUAAAAACAAAACACUAUGUAUGCUUGUGGAGAAAUAAAAUCAACACCAAAAUUACUCCCUGCCCUCAAGGGACUUAAAUUUUAUUUGGAGUAGGACCAAUGAAACAAUAUGUACGUAUAAUAUUAAAAUAAAUAUACACAUAUUUACACAUAAAAAUACACACAUACAUACAUGAAAAAUUAUAUGAAGAUAUUGUAAUUACACAGACCAAAAGCACAAACAUGAUCUCCACUUUAAUACUAUUGUAAUUACAAGGAACAAGAAUUGGAACUAAUCUUUACUCCUAAGUCCCCUGUCAUUUUUCACUCUCAGUGUUAGAUUUCUAGCUUGCAGGGAUCAUGAUUCAGUUUUCUUUGGCAGGACUUUACAGGAGAUUUGACCACUAAUUAUAGGUCUUCGGGCAUCAAUACCCAUCUCUUCUGUUCAGCUACUCUCAACCAGGGACCAAGACAGUGGUAGACAGUUCAGCAAUUGUUUGUAGAAGAUGGGCGUGAUCAAUGAUCAGCCAUGAUCAUUCACAAUGUUUACUCCAGCUCUUUUCUUAUCAUUUUAAGGAUUAUUUGAAUCACACUCUCUAUUAUCUAUUUUGCUUUGUCUAUGUAGACACAGACCUAGAUUGCUGCCAUUUUCAGCACAGGGAAUUUCACCUGUGAAAUCCUAUGUACAGAAUUAAGGGGAGCUAUUCUUAUAAACCUAGUUUGAGACCCUAGUUUGCAGAGCCAAUGCAUAUUCAGAAAUGAAAACUGAUCUUGAUUUUAGACCUUGAUUUAAAUUGAGAGAGAGAAAGUUAGUAUGGUGAGGUUGAUAAGGUAAAGGAAAAGCUGGGUUCAAGUCUUUUUUAUUACUAUCAUUUUUUUCUUAGAUGAACCCUUACCUUCUGUUUUAGAAUUAAUAUGAAGUAUUGGUUCCAAGGCAGAAGAUCAGUAAGGGCUAGGCAAGGGAGUUAAGUGACUUGAUCAGGGCCACACAGCUAAGGAGUGUCUGAGGCCAGUUCUUAACCCAGGACCUCCUGUCUCCAGGCCUGGCUCUUUAUCCACUGAACCACCUAACUGCCCCACUAGGUUUAAGCUUUUCUUUGAGAAAAUACUAGCUGUGUGAUCCUAGGCAAAUAACUUAAUUUCUCAAUAUUCCCAGGCAACUCUUCAAAACUAUAGGUUAAGGAAAAUGCUGAUUUGCAUUAGUAGAGGGAAGUUCAAACACUAGGAGUUACCUAAACUUAUAAAAUCAUAGAUCUGGAUACCCUUCUCUGUCCUGCCCUCUCACUCCAAUGGAAAACUAGAACCAUAGUUCAGAUUUUGAGAGGUCAUAGAAUAAAGAGGAAAGAAUAUUGGGGAAGAAAAAGAAAAAAGAAAAAGCACUGGACUUGGAACCAAAAGGCUUUUGGGUCUUAGUUAUUUCACUCACUAGCUAUGAAAACAUAUACAAGUGAUUUUCUUUCUCUUAAUCUUAGUUUCCUUAUCUGGAAAACAAAAAAGUUGGAUUAGAUGCAGUCUGAAGUUCUUUCCUUAGAUGCCUAGGAUUCUGCAUUCAGCGAUUCUAUGCUAUUAUGAGAGAAAGGAAAAGAAAUCCCCCAAACCUUAGAUAUCCAUUAUUUUUAGUAAUCUCAUAUGAUGGAAUUUCAAAUGUACAUAAUAAAUGGAGGCACACUUUUUUUUUUUUUGUAGAAAUAGAAACCUCUGACUAAAGGACUGCCAGAAUACAAUGUAGCAUCCAUGGGAGAAGUAUUGUGACCUAAUUGAAGAAUUAUUACCUCUUUAUUAAAGGGCAAUGAGAGGAGAAAAAUUAGAGGAAUUGGAAGUGUGAAGUCAGGUAUAUAUGGGCAGGAAGAAAUGACUUAUGAAAAAACAAGUGUUAGGUUGGCAAUGAUAAGAAGGUACUUCAGAACCAAAAAAAUGCUAGAAAAUCAUACCCCAUACCAGGGAAUCUCCAAGAUUCCAUGGGUCUUACUGCCAUUUUAAUUGGUUUAAGGGAGAUUUUCCAGUCUAUGGCAAUAUAUACCACAUUUUAAAAUGAAAGUCAAUAGGAAAAUAGAAUAUACUUAAUCUUAUUUUACAGUCAAAUUUGCUUUAAAAUAGAUUUGUUUUUGACAUUGCUUUUCUGGAAAACAAGGAAUGUCUAUAACACAUUCCAUAGUUAAAAAGAAAUUGUUUUGGGGUUACCUGUAUUUUUGGAAAGACUAUUCUAUAUUAGUGUAGAUACUUGAGGGUUCACUUUAUGGUGGGAAUGCUGAAUCACACAAGAUAUACUUGUCAUAUUCUUUCUUUCACUGUUCAAUACACCAGUGCUUUAUUAUACUUUUUUCUCCUCCAGUUAUACAGCUUCCUCACUAAAAUAAAAGAAUUAUAGAAUUUUAAUUAACAAGCACUUUUUAAGCACACACUAUGUGCUUAAAAGGAAGCCAGUAACUGUGUAAUGUUAUAAGGGGCUUUAGAGGUCAUCUAGUUCAUCCCAUAUACUAUUUCAAUAUAUGGAAGUUUUCUUUCAGGUGUUUAUACAGAAUUUUCAAACCCAUUACAAAUGGAUUUUGGGUCAGUCUCUUAUUCUCACAUCAUCUAGCCCCCUGUGAUAUUCCCUCUGUUAUGUAUGAAGCAUUUGCCAUUUCUCCACUUCCCUAAGUUGACUGAAAUGGCUAUCUUUUCUUAAAGCCUAGCAAAGAGUUACCAUUUCUACUUUUACUAGAAUAAAGAAAUAUUUGAGGUGAAGGCAGGACACCAUUAUCAUUUACAUCCCCUAAUACUUCAUCUGACCUACUUAGAUAUAUAAACCUAAGGAUUCCUGGGUUUUGCCAUCAGUCCUCCAGCUGAACUUUCUUUUAUAUGUUCUUUUCCUCAAUUUGAGUUUAAGCCUCUUAAGAGAAAGGGCUAUCCCAGUUUUUCUUUUUCUACUCUUAGCACUUAACCUAGUACUUGGAACAUAGUAAAUGCUGAAUAAUUUUUUUCAAUCAUUCAUUCAUUCACUCAGGACUUCCUUAUGAAAGGGUAGUCUGAGAGGCUGGUGUCAUGGUUGGUCAAUCCAGUUCUUCAUAUUCAUGUCUUUGAAAAAAUAAAGUGCUGAGGGUCAUUUUUGGCUAGGAAAACCCUAGUUGGGAAAAGAGGCUAUAGGAGAGGUGAUGAAAUAAGAGCCACUGGUAGGAGGAAAGAAAUAUUCACAAGUAGGGAUCAGCUUCAGUUGAGACUUUACCUCCCAUCUGUCUGUUUAUUGGGGGAUUCUGUGGUGUGAGGGAAUGGAGUGGGAUGGGGACUAAAGUGGGGAGUCUACUUGUACUGCUGCCCUGGCAGCUGGGCAUAGAAUUGGAGCUGGGGUCUCAGGUUGCUCCAAAGAUGAGUUCAGCUUUAUAGGCAAAGUUACAUCUUGGGAAAUUAAAUAAAGCAUUUUCAAGGUAUCAAUAUACUUUACCUUCCAUGUGAAUUUGUGUCUAAACAUUAAAGUCUUCUAAUGUCAUUUUACCUUCUCUAUAUCAUGCUCCUUUUUUUUCUUUUUUGCACUGCUUGUACAAUAAAACUGAAUUCAGUCAAGAAA